AUGGGCCCCUAUACCGCCUCCUCAUGCUGCUGCCAGGCCCGUAAUCUGCCAUGGGCCCCCGUACCGACUCCUCAUGCUGCUGCCAGGCCCGUAAUCUGCCAUGGGCCCCUGUACCCGCCUCCUCAUGCUGCUGCCAGGUCCAGAGUGUGUCAUGGGUCCCUGUACGGCCUCCCAUUGCUGCUGUCUCCAUCGCCACACACUCUGCCAUGUGCCACUUUCAGGUCUCCUCACACUGCUGGUGGUUUCCAUUUUUGUCAUAGGGUGCUGUAUGGCCUCCCAUUGCUGCUGCCUCCACCGCCACACUGUGGCUCCACACUCUGGUUUUGGCCCCGUGACUGCCCAAAUGAGUGAAGUGUGCGGUGAUUCUAAGAUCGACGGCACACAUCUGCAUGUCAUACUGACUGACAGUAUUAUUUCUCUUCCCCAGCAGACUCCAAGGGCAUUUAAAUUAAAGGUACAGUGUUCAGCACUAAUAUUA